CAGGUAGCUGAAGUGCAGCUAGUUAGCAAAGAUGGCGGUGGCUGUGCGAGCUUUGCAGGAUCAGCUCGAAAAGGCGAAGGAGAGUUUAAAAAAUGUGGACGAGAACAUUAAGAAACUGACGGGACGCGACCCGACCGAAUUACGACCGGGUCAGAACAGACGGCUUUCCCUCACAGGACCGGGUGUAGGUGGAGGUAGAGGCCGAGGAAUCAACAUACUGAGGCGUGGACUCUCUGACGGCGGUGGAGGACCCCCAGCCAAACAGAGGGACAUAGAAGGGGCGCUGCUGAGGUUGGCGGGGGAUCAGCGAGCCAGGAGAGUUUCACGUAAUGACAGCGACGCUGAGGAUGAGGACGAAGGGAAAAAGCCGGCGUUGCAGUCAUCAGUAGUGGCUACCUCCAAAGAACGCACACGUCGAGAUCUGAUCCAAGAUCAGACCAUCGAUGAGAAAGGAAAACAAAGAAAUCGCCGCAUGUUCGGCCUGUUGAUGGGAACGCUGCAGAAAUUUAAGCAGGAGUCGACCGUGUCCACGGAGAGCCUGAAACGACGGCAUGAGAUCGAGCAGAAGCUGGAGGUUCAGGCGGAACAGGAGCGUAAGAAAGUGGACAGCGAGAGGCGGGAGCUGUUCGAGGAAAGGCGAGCCAAGCAGACGGAGCUCAGGCUCCUGGAGCAGAAAGUGGAGCUGGCUCAGCUGCAAGAGGAGUGGAACAUGCACAAUGCCAAGAUCAUGAAGUUCAUUCGCACCAAGACCAAGCCUCCGCUGCUCUACCUGCCUGGUCGUAUAUGUUCAGCCACCCAGAAGCUCCUGGACGAGUCUCAGAAAAAGAUGAAUGCCAUGUUUGAGGAGCGGCGCCAGGCUUUCGCCGAGCACCUGAACAAGAUGGAGGCUCGGCCGAGGCGCCAGUCUCAGCGCGCUCCCAAAAGGGCAGCGGAGAGCGCCGAAGAGCGGAAGAAAGAAGUGGAAGAUGAAGAGGAGGGUAAGCAGAAGGAAAGGCUGACAGGUAAACGGCACGAUGUAGAGAUGGAGGAUGAGGAGGAGGAGGGGGAGGAUGAGGUAGAGGAAAAGGAAGAUGUGGUUAGGGAGGGAGAGGGAGAUGGGGAGGUUCAGGAGAUGCAGGCAGAGGGAGAGAAGGAACAGCAAGAACGUCCACAUGAGGAGGAGGAGGAGAAACACGAAGCUGUGGAGAAAGACGACAGGGAGUCGGAGGGAGGCCAGGCAGAGCGGAAGGAAGAUGUGAAGGUAGAAGCUGGUGAGGAUCAGGGGGUGGAGGAGACGAUGGAGGUUGAGGUAGCAAAGGAUCUAGAGGGAGAGGAGCAGAAGUGGGAGCAGGAAGAGGAGAAGCAGGAAGAGAGUCCAGUUGUGCAGGAGGAGGGUAAUGAGUCUAGAGAAAGGGAGGAGGAGGAGAAACGGGCAGAACAGGAGGGGGAGAAGAUAGAAGUCCACGAGGAGUCUCGGAAAUCCUCCGAUAACGAAAUGGACGUCCAAGCUAAAACGAAAGACCCGUCUGAAACGGAACCCAAAGUGAGCGAAAGCGACACGCCCUCAGACGCUGUAGUCGAGCCCAAAGUCGAAAGCAAACAACCGGAGGACGAUGGGAAACCGAACGAAACCGCCCCGGACCCGAAGGAGUCGGAGAAGGAGCGAGGCCGCCCCAAAACCAAGCCCACAAAGAGCGGGAGCAGCAGCUCCUCCAGCAGUUCCUCCUCCAGUUCUUCCUCCAGCGGCUCCAGCAGCUCCUCCAGUAGCACCAGCAGCUCCUCGUCGGGCUCGUCCUCGUCGUCGUCCACCUCCAGGUCUCGCAGCCGCAGCAAAGAGCAGCAGCGCCGGCGGAAUUCCGACCGCAGGAAGAGCGACCGCAAUCAGAAGAGCGGUAAAAGCGGCGGCGGUGGCGGUGGCAGCCAUCGAGAGCGCAAGGAGAGGUCGAAAGAGAAGGACAAGAAGAGGGCGAGUCCUGAGGGGGGGAGCAGGUCGGGGAAACGCUCGUCACGCAGCGAACGGGAACGCAAAUCUGAUCGCAAAGAUAAGCGGCGUUAGUGCUAAACGAAUUCGCCUUAAACCUGCCGUCGUUUCCAACGUUUUUAAAUCCGACUCCUUUUUUUUUUUACGUUCCGUCCCUGCGCUUGUCAUUUUUAAAUUUUAAAUUCUUUAGAUUUUAAUUAAUCGCAGGCGGUUCUUUAGGACCCAGAAGUCGAGAUGAGAAAUUAGGCGCUCUGUAUUUUCACCUGUUGUGAUUUUUUUUUGGGCUACGUGUACAACGCUCAUGUUCAUCUUCUGUUUGUGUAAAAGUCGACCCCCUUCUGCAGUGACUCCUGGUUUUUGGGGAGAGCUGCUGAUCUUUUGUAUAAAUAAGUCACUUGUCAGACGGGGGAAAUAAAUUGAAAAACUGGAACCCAAAAAAA